AUGUUCGUGCAGGCCCUCGCGGACGUGAGUGGGCCUUACUUAGAGGAGCUGUCUCCGCUGCCCAGCGCAUCCACGUCUUCAGACGACCAUCACUCCUCUCCGCCGAGCGCGUCCACGCCCGAGAAGCCCGUGAAGCCCAAGAAGAAGCGCAAGGCGACCUACAUUCUGCGCAAGGAGGAGCAGGCCUCGCUGCAACAGGAGAUCGAGCGGCUCGAGAGCCAGGUGGCCGUGCUCAAGGCCCGCUCGCUGCCGCCCGAGGAGGCGGCCAAGGCCGACCCGCAGCUGCACGUGGCCAACGUGCAGUCGCUGCUGUCUCGGUGUCUCGGAGACCAGCAGACCCACCCGCUGUAUACGCGUAUACGGCUGAGUAAGGACUGGACGGAGAGACGAGCGACGCUGAGGAGUAGACGCACCGAGAAGCUGCGCAACGCCUACGAGUACAUCUUAGCUAGGAGCAGCCACUCGCAGCCCGAGAAGAUGCAGCUCUCGGACGAGAGGUUCGAGUCCGCGCAGGGGGAUUUGUGCUGCGUCCGCUUCGAGACGGUGCACUUUAGGGGCGUGGAGUCGCUGGAGCAAGUGUACAAUGCGCUCAUCUUCUACUUGACGAACAUGGAGAUCAGUAUCUCCGAGAGGCUGGGGCAUAUUACGGUACGAGACGACUACGACUCGAUUGAGGGAACAGCGUAUAAUUCCAGGAUUGCAUCGACGGAGGACUGCGGCGUCACGACCGAGAUGAACGCCGUCUCGUUCCCGCAAUUGUUCGCGAAGGACGAGUUGGGGGUGGGCGUCGGCCCCUGUGCUGUGAUGGCCAGUGACUGUGUAGACGAAGACGAGCUGUACCCGUACAACCCGAGAGAAAGAGUGAGGAAGGACGUUUCCGGAGCAGUGGUGCUUACCGUGGGCAGGAGGAAGGUGAAGCACAAAGGGGGCAAGCAGAUCGGAACGGCGGCUUGUGCUGGGGAAGAAGAGACGGAGUUAGUGGUUACGAUGCGGCGGGCGGCUUUCGUGAAGCUGCACAAGCCACAGUUUCCUGUGUCUCCCUUUGCGCUGCAGGAGUUGCACGAAGGUAUUGCAAGAUGGGGCGACGUCAUGCUCAAGACCGUGCGCAGCGUCGUUUAUACGACUCCGUAG